AUGGUUCGCGGACGCGAGAACCGACAGUGGGAGCAGCCCGACCGACGCAGCCGUGGUGGCGGCGGCGGCGGCGGACGAGACCGCGACAGCUACCGAGAUCGCGACGGCAGGCGCGACGACCGCGAUAGAAGAGGAGACGACCGCGACAGAAGAUACAGAUCCAGGUCCCGCGACAGACGCGACAGAGACCCGCGCCCCAGAUCCAGAGACAGGCAGAGGGAUCGUCCUCGCGACGACCGCGACGGCGGCAGACCUCCCAGGCGAGAAAGAGACAACGACCGGCGGAGGAGAGAUGAUGACCGCGGCGGCGAAGACAGACCACCUAGACGGCGCGAUGAGGAUGACGAAGUUCGUCCACCGCGCGACAAGGACCGCAGACGAUCAGCCUCCCCGCGCCGAAGCGGCAGCCCGCCACUCCCUCGCCGCGAAGACCGCUACACAGAGACCCUACCGACGCGCACGGUGGGAAAAUCGAAGAAGGAGCAGCACACCAUGUCCUUCAAGGUCGGACGCAACGACUCGCCGCAGGUCGACAGCGGACGCGAUAGCGAGCGUAGCGACACCCCGAUGACGGGACGGGACGAUCGCGACGAUCCAGACGACGAGGAGCCCGAGCCCGAAGUAGAGGGCGACGACCUCGCCGCUAUGCAGGCUAUGAUGGGCUUCGGCGGGUUCGGCACGACGAAGGGACAGAAGAUUGCGGGCAACAACGUCGGGGCCGUGAGGAAAGAGAAGAAGACCGAGUAUCGCCAGUACAUGAACCGACAGGGCGGAUUUAACAGGCCACUCAGCCCGAGCCGGUAA